UUUUUUUUUUGGCCUUCAUUUUCCCAUUAAAUCCGUUCUCAAUUUCAUUUUUUUUUUUUAUCAUCAUUAUUGGCCCAAAAUUAUCACCGUCAUUGCCCUCGUACAUAUUUGUGGCGCGUUGGCCUUGUAAUUUACAAAUUUUUUUUCAUCUCCAAAAUAAAAUGAAUGCAUUGUUGAUGAAAUGAAAAAAUCUAAUUGUAAUGAAUUUGUAUAUUAUAAUUAUAUCGCGUUGAUAGAACAAUGAUUUGCAUGAAACAAUAUGUUUAGUUUGACCGAAAAAUCAACAAAUUUUCAAUGAAAGAAUAGGCGUAAAUAUUUCGUGAUAUCAUAUUUUGAUCUUCAUCAUCGUGAUGAUAUAUUUUUAUAUUAAUUUUCCUCACUCACAAUACAUUCAACUCAAUAAUCAAUGGCCAUUCGUUCAAUAUGAAUAUUGCAAAUAGUCAACAAUCAUUAUUCGUUACAAAAAAUGGAUCCAUUGAUACAACGACAGAUCGUCAAAUGGAUGAUGGUGAAAGUAAAAACAAGAGCAAAGAAAAAUCAGAAACCGAAAUGAUGAUAUGUAGACCUCAAACGCCAAUGCAACAAUCGUGGCUUCUUAGGCUUUUUGAGUCAGAAUUAUUCAACAUGAAUAUUGCAAUUACGUAUCUAUUUAAUUCCAAGGAAUCCGGUGUAUUAUCCUACUUGGGUAAUCGAAUGUUCACAUUUCCGCCAGAUGAUGUAGAUUUUUUUCUACCACAAUUAAUUGUUUUAUAUAUCCACAAUAACAACAUUGCUGAUGCUAUACAUCCCUAUCUGAUACAUCGAUGUCGUCACAGUGUAUAUGCAUCGACUAAAUGUAUAUGGCUUUUAAAUGCAUUUUGUCCAGAAACACAGACAUCAACAAUAACCCCGAUGUUACAUUCCCGUAAGAAUAAAUCCCUGGGACAUAGAUUACGAAAGUCGAUUCUCAACGAAGAGUUCCGAUUAUCAACUGCUGCUAAAGCUGAUGCUAACCUAUCAAACGACAUGAACAAUAGUAAUUAUUUAAAUCAUUCCUUGGCCAAUGCAAAAAUUGGCCACAAUCAUCUUCGUACACAUUACCGAUCAUUUAGUGAUGCAAUGACCAAAUCACAAUUAUCCGGUAUCAAUCUGAACCAAACGGUAUCAACAAUCGGUUGUAUCCAUCAUCAACAGAAUCAAAAGAAUCGUUUUCUACGUAUUCCGUCGACGACUACAAACGUAAUAAUGAAAAAUUCAAAUCCUAAUGAGCAAGAUAAUAAUCUGAAACAAGCAUUUCCAAGCUGUCUUUGUGCAGCUCUAAGAAUUAAACCUGAAUAUGAAUUUAUACGUUGUCUGAUGAACAUUGGAUUGAAAAUGCAAUCGGUUCCUAGCAAAGAAAUAAAAUCACAACUUUUGAUUAGCGAAUUAUCCACCUUGAACAUUCAACUACCUGCUCGUGUUUGGAUACCAACUUAUACAAAACAUUCGCAUAUGAUUGUACGAAUACCGCCACAUGCAGCAGUCGUGUUGAAUUCUAAAGACAAAGCACCAUAUUUGAUUUAUUUCGAGAUAUGUGAAUGUGAUGACAUAGAAAAAUCGCCAGUUCCAGUGAAACAAGCACUAAAUAAUAGCAGAAAUAGUCUCAAUGGCAGCAGUAAUAGCAUCAAUUUUUUAAUGAUGACAAACCAUAAUCAUGGUGGUAAUUUCAAUUUGAAUCAGCAGCAAAAAUGUCCAUUAGAAUCACAAUCAUCUUCACAAACUCAUUCGACAUCUAUCAUUCGACAGACGAAAUCUGAAGAGAAUCUUAUCGAAUUUUCUAUAAAACAUGGAACAACGGCUACGCUCAACAAUAAUCUUGAUCAAAAAUUUCCAAUUCCAUGUGAAGAUUCUGGCAACAGCAAAAGCAACGCUGUUGUUGUUGUAGUUGGUGGAGAUGAUGAAGAGGAAGAAAUGCUGAUGGCAAGGCAAUAUGGUGCAUUUAAUGUUUUCCGACGGUUGCAAAAUCAGCAACAAGCCAAUGAUAAUUUAUCACAAUUUUCCACGGAUUCUACGGCUAGCAGUGAAGGUAUAUUGAUAGCUGCUGGUGAUAUUCGCCGUCGUUUGAAUGAAUCAGUCGCUUCAAAGGAUAACAAUUUCAAUCGAUUUUGUCCUGAAGAUCCAUCCGCUGCUGCAUUAAAAGAACCAUGGGACGAAAAAGUGUCCAGAAUCCGUGAAUCGUCUCCAUAUGGCCAUAUCAAAUCUUGGCAUCUUGUUGCUGCUAUAAUCAAGUGUGGCGAUGAUUUACGACAAGAAAUGAUGGUAUAUCAGGUGUUGGAAACAUUGAAAUCAAUAUGGGAACAGGAACGGGUUCCAUUAUGGUUGAAACCAUAUGCCAUUCUUUCUACGUCGCCGGAUAGUGGUAUUAUUGAACCGAUUCUCAAUUCUAUUUCAUUACAUCAGAUCAAAAAACAUUGCCAAAUUUCAUUGCUCGAAUAUUUUGUCCGAGAAUUUGGGGGUGGUUCGAUGAGUUCGGAAUUAUUUCUAACAGCUAGAAAUAAUUUCGUACAAAGUUGUGCCGCUUAUAGUAUCGUUUCUUAUUUGAUGCAAGUAAAAGAUCGACAUAAUGGCAACAUUCUUCUCGACAAUGAAGGCCAUUUAAUUCAUAUAGAUUUUGGUUUCAUACUGUCAAAUUCUCCACGAAAUUUGGGCUUUGAAAAUUCCCCAUUCAAAUUAACUCAAGAAUUUGUUGAUGUGAUGGGCGGCAACAAAAGUGAUAUGUUUGAAUAUUUCAAGAUUCUCAUACUACAAGGUUUAGUAGCUGCACGUAAACAUACGGAGCGUUUGGUGACUUUGAUCGAAAUUCUCAUAACUAGUCCAUCGAUGUCGGCUUGUUUUUCCAACACGGCAUCGAUCUUACGUUCAUUUCGUGAUCGUUUUCAUAUGAAUAUGACUGAACAACAAUUGCAACAGCAUGUCGAUACCUUGGUUGAUACUAGUAUCCAUUCGAUAACGACCAAACUCUAUGAUGGUUUCCAGUAUUUCACCAACGGUAUCUUCUGAUGAUUAUACCCACUUGCGGCGAUCAUAAAAGCCAGCCGAGAAGCCAAAAACGAAAAUUUUUCGAUCCUAUUUUUGUUAUCAGAUUAUUUACAUUGUUAAUUAUUUUAUACAUGAAAUAUUUAUCAUUAGAAUAUUUGAAUUACUCAAAUGAAAAUUAUCAUUAAAUUUGAGUUGCUACAUUA